AGGAAAUGAAAAGUGAAGUACUUCCGGUUAGCCAUUGACCUGUAGCCUGUACAGUAUAUGAAGGACACCUGAGUUCACACCGGUUUACCUGAAUGCUGUCCUUAGCUAGAGAGGGUUUGCGGGUAGUCAGGGUGUCUUUAGGGGUUAGCUUCAGCCCCAAGAAUUGUGCAGGAGUCAGACUGUCAUCUUGUCGGUGGAAGUCUGCUCAUCCAGCCGCCAUGUCUGCGAACCAGUCAGAGAGUAUACGUCAGUCGUAUGACAAGAUCAUCAAGUCAGCGGAGGACAAACGCACGUACAGAGGGCUGGAGCUGGCCAAUGGCAUGAAAGUGAUGCUGGUCAGCGAUCCAACCACAGACAAAGCAGCAGCAGCACUGGAUGUCAAUAUAGGUUACAUGUGUGAUCCAGAUAAUAUCCCUGGAUUGGCCCACUUCUGUGAACAUAUGUUAUUUCUGGGUACAACAAAGUACCCAUCUGAAAAUGAGUACAACAGGUUUCUAAAUGAACACGGAGGUGCAUCUAACGCCUUCACUGCAGCAGAACACACCAACUAUUACUUUGACGUGUCCAGCCAACAUCUAGAAGGAGCCCUGGAUAGAUUUGCCCAGUUUUUCAUCAGCCCAUUGUUUAAUGAAGAAUCCAAAGACAGAGAGAUGAAUGCAGUCGACUCUGAAAACGAGAAGAAUCUGAAGUCGGACAUGUGGCGGCUUCACCAGUUAGAGAAAGCCACAGCUGACCAGAAACAUCCUUUCAGCAAAUUUGGAACAGGUAACAAGUACACCCUGUCAGAACGGCCUUCCCAGCUGAAUUUGGACGUGAGAGAGGAACUGUUGAAGUACCACUCUACCUACUACUCCGCUAACGUCAUGGCUCUGUCAGUGUUGGGAAAAGAGGACCUUGAUUCCCUGAGUAGACUGGUGGUGGACAAGUUUGCAUCUGUUGAGAAUAAGAAUGUGAAUGUACCAGAGUUUCCCAUCCACCCAUUUCAGGAAGAACAUCUCAGGCUUCGCUGUGAUGUAGUCCCAGUAAAAGACAUCAGGACCAUGAACGUGGCCUUCCCCUUACCAGAUCUGCACCCUUACUACAGGACAAAUCCUGGUCAUUACCUCGGCCAUCUGAUUGGCCAUGAAGGCCCUGGGAGCCUACUAUCACUGCUCAAGGCAAAAGGCUGGGUGAACAGUCUGGUUGGAGGACAGAAGGAAGGAGGAAACGGGUUCAUGUUCUUCACAGUCAACGUAGACCUGACAGAAGAGGGACUUGGUCAUGUGUAUGAUAUUGUGGCUCACAUCUUUCAAUACCUGGAGAUGUUACGUCAGACUGGGCACCAGGAGUGGAUCUUUAACGAGUGCAGGGAUCUGAGCGCCCUUAAGUUCAGGUUCAAGGACAAAGAAAUGCCAAGAAAUUACACCAGUCACCUGGCAGGACUCUUACAGAAAUACCCCAUGGACCAUGUGCUUGUUGCACCCUACCUGUGUGAGGAUUACGAACCACAACUCAUAGAGGAUGUCUUGUCCAAACUUACCCCAGAAAAAGUCAGGGUUGCUGUGGUGGCCAAGGCCUUUGAAGGUGCAACAGACAGUGAAGAAAAAUGGUACAAAGCACAGUAUAGGAUUGAACCAAUAUCUCCAGACCUCAUACAGCAAUGGAGUCAAGUACAAACACAUCCAGACCUGAAGCUGCCCCCUCCCAAUGAGUUUAUUCCAACUCAGUUUGAGAUCAAGCCCCGGCCUGAUGAGGCACCAUCAAUCCCAGAGUGCAUCAAGGAUGAUGCCAUGUGUAAGGUGUGGUUCAAGCAGGAUGACACCUUCCUCCUCCCCAAGGCUUGCCUCAGCUUUGAAUUCAUCAACCCUGUGGCAUAUGCAGAUCCCCUGAACUGCAACCUGGCGUACAUGUUUGUACAGUUGUACAGAGAUGCGCUGACAGAAUACGCCUACUCAGCUGAGCUUGCUGGUGUGUCCUACACCCUCCACAACACCACCUAUGGCUUCUAUCUUGCCAUUGGCGGAUACGAUGACAAGCAGUCUAUUCUCCUAAAGAAGGUUUUGGACAAGAUGACAUCCUUUACUAUUGACCCUAAGAGGUUUACUAUCAUCAAGGAACUUUACACACGUGCAUUGGAAAACUUCAAGGCUGAGCAGCCAUACCAGCAUGCAGUGUACUACACAACCCUGCUGUUGUCUGAAAUGGCCUGGACUAAAGAAGAAUUGGUCGGCAGUCUUGAUGAGGUGACAGUUGAGAACCUUCAGUCCUUUGUGAAGCAGCUGUUCUCCCACAUGUACAUGGAGUGUCUGGUGCACGGCAACCUCACACAACAGGAAGCCCUGGAUACUGUAGGGUUGGUGGUCGGUAGUCUCCAGGAGAACACACAGACACGCCCUCUCCUGGCCAGUCAACGGGUCAAACAUCGAGAGGUCCAGCUGCCCCAGGGUGUGGCCCACAAGUAUGAAAGAGAAAAUACUGUUCACAGCACUAGUGCUCUUGAGACAUACUAUCAGUGUGGCCUUCAGUCCACCAGGGACAACAUGCUACUGGAACUACUGUGUCAGAUUCUGAAUGAACCUUGCUUCAACCAGCUCCGCACACAAGAACAGCUGGGUUACAUUGUGUUCAGCGGUGUGAGACGAGCCAACAGUGUCCAGGGGCUGCGCUUCAUCCUUCAGUCAGACCGCCAGCCAGCAUAUCUAGAUGAACGGGUGGAAGUCUUUGUGCAGAAAAUGGAGUCUCACCUUCAGGAUCUGAGUGAGGAAGAGUUCCAGAAGCACGUAGCAGCCCUGAGCGUCCGCAGGCUGGACAAACCCAAGAAGCUGACCAGUGAGACAGCCCGGCACUGGGGAGAGAUCCUGGCUCAACAGUACAACUUUGACAGAGACAACAUCGAGGUCGCCUUCCUGAAGACAAUCACAAAAGAGGAACUGCUCAACUUUUACAAGGAGCACUUUUCCUGGGGAGCCCCUAAAAGACGUAAACUGACCAUCUAUGUGAAGCCGACUGAAGUCGCAGGGACUGAGGAACAAGGAGCAGAGACGGCGCAACAGUCAACAGAAACUAACUCACCUCCAGACAUCCCUGUGCCCCAGGAAAUAACAGACGUGACUGCCUUCAAGAGUAACCUGCCCUUACACCCCCACCUGCCGCCCUACCAGCCACACAAGGACCCAGACUUUGUCCUCUCUCAGGGAAAGGCAAAACUCUAGGCAAACAGCUCGCAUCAGGUGCAAGGUGGGAGCUCACAUCAGGAACAUGGCAGGAAGGAUUUUUUUAUGUUGGUUUGUUAAAACUUUAUUUUAAAAUUUUGAUACAUGUACAAGAAAUCUUGAUGUACAGUUGAUACAAAGUAAUAGGCUUUGCAAAUUUCGUGAGAUCGUCAAAUGAAAACGUCAGAGCUCAGUAACAAUGUGUCAAAGCCGAAGUAAGCUUGUCACAAACUAAUGUCUUAACGUACAUUACCACCUGAUCCUACUGCUUUGCACCUUUUGUUAAAUGGUAGUUAUUUGAGUGUUUUUCAUGACCUAUAAGACUUUUGAUGAAGAAUGGUAGUAUGGCAAGUGUAGUAUCUUUCUGGAAAAAGUGAGACGCAUACUGGGUAUCCCAUCAAGUGAUGAUGAUGUCUUACAAUUGUUCCAAACAUUCCCAGUAAUACACCACAAAACAGUUAAGCAACUCCAGUUACUUGAGUAACUUUUUUUGGCAUAUCUUAUCACCCGGAUGUCAAACCUUCAUUGACGUAUUCCCAGUAAUAGAAACUCAAUAAGACAAUUGCAAGGAGACUUGCCUCCUGGUAUCUUGAUAAGUGAGGAAGAACAUUCUUUCUGAAUAUUUCUAGUGAAUAUUUCUACUACAGUGUCUUAAUUGUAGUAGACUAUAUCUCUUAGUAUAUCUUAACUGGCAAGUCGCAAUGUACCUUUCCCCAACACUAAUGAAUCAGAUCUCUCUGGCUACCCCAGCAUGUUGUUUUCUAUAGUAGGUUGAUUUUAGAGCUCUUAAAGAGGCUAGGAAUGCUUCUCUCUUUUUAAUUAUAAUUCAUAUAAAUAUAUACUGUAAACAAACCCAUAGUCAUGAGAUUUUGUCUGAGAUGGAACUCUAUAACUUUAUUGAUCGUCUAGAACAAUAGGUACACAAGGCUAGUUACAAUGAUUUUAACCUUGUAUGGUAGUGUGCGAAUUACACCAACUUUAAAAAGUUGUACAUAAUCAAUGGGUCAAGAUUACUACUGUUAACUUUGAAUACCUUUACGUUAUUGUUAGUUCUCAAGGCAACCUGAGCAACAUAAUGUGUUGUACACUAGUAUUGUAGAUCUAAAUUUGACUGCUCUUCCAAGGAUCCAAAAUCUUAGACUCCUUCAGAGCUUGUAUUCCUAUAGUCUGUUGUCAAUGCUGCUCUUGUUACCUCACUUUUAAUCAUAUACUUGUAGUAAUGAUAUAAUAAUAAAGGCUAAACACAUUUGCAAAGU